GCUAGAGUUCGUAUCUAUGUGUAUCCAUAUCUAUCUGUAUCUAUGAAUCCCAUCUUGUUUUUUAAUAAAUUAUUUUGUCCAUGUGAUUAUUAGUUAUAUGUAAUUUUAUUCAACAUAAUAUAUCUCCCAUGGCUGGUGAAGUUGUUGAAGAUGCAUUACCAUACAUCGAUCAAGGCUAUGAUGAACCGGGCGUUAGAGAAGCAGCUUUGGCAAUGGUAGAGGAAGAAACGCGACGAUAUAGGCCAACCAAAAAUUAUUUAGAACAUCUACCUGCAUUAAAUAUAAUUGCGUUUGAAACAGAAGUAAUGAAGCACGAAUUUGAAAGACUGCAAAACUGCUUAACUAUGGACGUUCUUACCAUGAAGAGAUACGAAUUGCCUCCUCCACCACCAGGAAAGAUGAAUGAUCUUUCUGCUUGGACUGAAAGUGUGGAGAAUAGUUAUGCUCAACUCCAACAUCAAGCUACAAGAAUCUGCAAUUUGGAACAAAUGAUGGACUAUGGAUGCGAAGCAUGGAAGUCAUAUUUAGAAGUUCUUGUUCAGUUGUUAAAUGAAGCACAGAAACAAGUUCAAGCUUUAAAAAAAGAAAUACAGGAAAUAAAUUGGCAGAGGAAGUCUAUGCAAACGCAGGGAGGGGAAAAACUCAGAGUGCUUGAGGCACAGUGGGUAGGUUUGGUAUCGAAAAAUUAUGAAAUUGAACAGGCCUGCGUUCACUUAGAAGAGGAGAUUUUAAAGGGUGAAAAGUCUGACAUGAGCGGCGUACCUCCAAGUACUCAGGAACCAUCCGUACCUGGACAAAGUGCAACAGAGGCUAUGGCGAUGGAGAUGAGGUUGCAAGAAGAGCGGCCAAUAUAGGUUUUAUAAGUUGUUUAACUUUAAUUAUUCAGGGACCAUGAGUCUUAUAUUUCAAUAACGUUAGAAAAAAUCGUUUAAUUAGUCGAAAUUUUGAAGCAACACAUUUAGUAUUAAUUAUUAAAUUCGACCUUCCAGUCUGUACAUUUAUGACACUGAAUAACAAAUUUCUGCGGUCUCAGUUAUUAAAAAUUUCAUCUAUGUUUGUUGCAAAUAUAAAUGCGUAACAUGAAAAAUGCAUUUAUGUCAAAAACUGUUUACUUAGACCUAAAGACAGCAAGCAACAACGAUGCUGAUUUAGUAGCAAGACGUUCGAAUUCAUAAGCAUCAUAUCCGUUUUAUAGUCUACUUAUAUGACUUCGUUUGUGCUUAAAAUAUACAUAUUUACAA